CUUAAAGAGAUGAGAUUGGGGCAUCAAACCUGAGGGCGGGAGCGGCUGACCCUGAGAGGGGGAGGGCAAGGCGCCUUCCUCCCUGUGCCUGCCCCACGCCCCGCACUUCACCGAGGCCGGCAGGUCCGUGCGGGUCAGGAAAAAAUCAGAAGAGAUCGCAGGGGCCAGCCUCCUGAUAGAGGACACUCUCGCAGCUCCAUCCUUUGCGCCCGGGGACCCCCGCUCGAAGCUGGCAGCCCAAGGGUGCGAGUACGCCAAUCGGACCAGCUCAGCUUCGCAGCCUCCCUGGCCCGGAAGGUGGACACCUCGCACCUCAGUCUCCCAAUUACGCCCCCCUCCCCCGCAUUCCCCUCCGCUAGCUUCCUCCUUCCCUCCGUCUCCUUUCAUCCCCGAAAACCUGUGGCUCCGAGAGACCUGGGUUUCUCUGGGACUCUACCCCAGGCGUCUGCCCACAUCCGCUCCUGAGUUUGGGGGGUAGAGGGGCAACCGCCCCAAGAAGUCUCUCCGGCGAUGGGAGCCGCCCGCCUGCUGCCUAACCUUACUCUGUGCUUGCAGCUCUUGACUCUCUGCUGUCAAACGCAGGGGGAGAAUCACCCGUCUCCUAAUUUUAACCAGUACGUGAGGGACCAGGGCGCCAUGACCGACCAGCUGAGCAGGCGGCAAAUCCGUGAGUACCAGCUCUACAGCCGGACCAGCGGCAAGCACGUGCAGGUCACCGGGCGACGCAUCUCCGCCACCGCCGAGGAUGGCAACAAGUUCGCUAAGCUCAUCGUGGAGACGGAUACAUUUGGCAGCCGGGUCCGCAUCAAGGGGGCGGAGAGCGAGAAGUACAUCUGUAUGAACAAGAGGGGCAAGCUGAUUGGGAAGCCGAGUGGGAAGAGCAAAGACUGCGUGUUCACUGAGAUCGUGCUGGAGAACAACUACACAGCCUUCCAGAACGCUCGGCACGAGGGCUGGUUCAUGGCUUUCACUCGGCAGGGCCGGCCGCGCCAGGCCUCCCGAAGCCGCCAGAACCAGCGUGAGGCCCACUUCAUCAAACGCCUCUACCAGGGCCAGCUGCCUUUUCCCAACCAUGCGGACAGGCAGAAGCAGUUCGAGUUCGUGGGUUCGGCCCCCACCCGCAGGACCAAGCGUACUCGGAGGCCCCAGCCCCAAACGUAGUCAGGGAGGCCAUAGUGAGCAGUGUUGGGUAGAUGCCCCCUCGGCAGCCUUCUCUCUCUUCUCUAACUCAUCCAAAGAUGGGGACUGGGGUGGAAGGUGGGGAGCCAGACCCUAAAAGGACCCAGAGGGCAUCUGAUUCCCAGCUGGGAAGAGACAGCACUUGUGCACCCCAGGGUGGGCACCACACUGUUGAACAGGCUCUUUUGAGGCCAGGGGCAGAUCCUAGAAAAAGAAGUAGGGUCUUCCCUGACCUAAAAUGCCUGCCUCCCAGCGACCGCCUUAAACAAGUGUGUAGGUCAGCAGAUUACUGGCCUUACAGAAAACUACUCAAAUCUUGCUCCCAGAAUCUCGCUCAGUUUGAACCAAAUAUCCAAACUCCUGCCCAGACAGUAAGAAGGGACUUUUGGUUUUGUUUCCAGAGACACAAGAGAGAAACCAAUGCCAGCCACUCUUCCUAUUUCUCGCCCCAGGCUUGCCUUCCCAUCCCAAGCCCCAGAAUAAAACCAUUUUCCU